AUGGUGAUGCGCGUUUAUAUGCGAGCAGUUUCGACGGUGAACAACAAAUUUUCGGGCAGUCGGAUUCCUUGUACGGUUCCGGAAGUCAGGAUUGCUGCUGCUGGACUGAUGAGGAUCCAUGGCAUAAAUGCUCAGCACAAUGGCAUCCGAACAGUUGCGCGAACCCGCGAUACCAUUAAAGAGGUCCUGGAACAUCCGGGCCCGUAUCCACAAAUUGUCUUACCUGCUGCUGGUGGCUAUUGGAUGGAUGGUGUCAGUAGCUGCACAAUCAGUAUCGAUGAUGAAGUGGUUGGACAGUGUUCGGCCACUAGCAGUUGUGCACGAUCCAAACUGGAAACCGAUGAUACUUCACACUGCUACAGGCGACAUUUCGUUGGCAGGGAGCAUCACGAUUUCUAUGCGACGGAUGCCAAUUUGGGACCACUGGUACUUUCCGUUCGGACUGAGCUCAUUUCAUCUCAGGAUCAUUUCAGGAUUAUGCUGAGGACCAGGCAUGGAACAAUACAUGAAAUUGUUCCUGCUUCAGGCAUGUUUCAUGUUCCACGCAUUAUCAUUGUAAUUUAG